AUGGCCACUGAACCCCUCCCUGCCCUCUCUGCCCGCGCUGUGGCGAGCUGGGAAGACAACGCCGCCUACUGGGACAACAGCAUCACCAAGCACGGUAACAAGUACUGGAAGCGGCUCCAAGAGCCCUCCCUCGCGCGCCUCAUCGGACCCUCGCUACCCAACGGACAGGGCAAGGAAUGCCGAGCCCUUGAGUUGGCGACGGGCAACGGCUUAUGCGCGCGCUGGCUUUCCCACCGCGGCGCUUCGGUCCUGGCCACGGACGCGUGUGAGAACAUGCUGGCGCUGGCGAAGGGUCAUUGCGAGCCGGGCACGCCCGAGGAGGGGAUCCGCUUUCGCAAGGUGAAUGCCACGAGCGAGGCGGAGUUGGGGGCGUUGGCGGCGGAGGGGCCGUUUGAUGUGGUGUUGCUGAAUAUGGCUGCCAUGGAUAUCGCGGACUUGAACCCGCUUGCGAAAGCGCUGCGGGGGCUGUUGAAGGAGGGUGGGGUAUUUGUGGCAACGCUGCUGCAUCCCGUCUUCUUCACUUCCAAGAAUACGCGGAGUAUCGAGAUGAACUAUGACCCCGCAACGGGCGAGUACGAGGUCUCGCGGGGCCGGAUGAUCAGGGAGUACAUGUCGGUGCCCCCAUCGCUGGGCAUCGCCAUUCCCGGGCAGCCGGUGAAACAGGUCGGGAUGGUCAUGGACGCCAUGGAAGAGUUGGCAUUCACCGAAGAGGACGCAGAGCCGGACAGGGUUGAAGCCACGACUAACUUCCCGCAGUUGCCCGUGAUUCUGUCGUUUCGCGUGCGGUUUUUAUGGUGA